UGUAAUCAACGGCUGUAAUCUCAUUUUUUGUGGGUUUUUAGUUCAUUAAAUAAUUGAAAAAAAUUCGUACACAUUUUUGACUGAAGGGUAUUAUUGGCAUAUGUUGUUCACCUUCCAUAUCUACGCAUAUUCAGUUCUGAUUUUCACUCCAAUACCUUUCAUAUCUACGCCUAUUCAGUUUCGAUUUUCACUCCAAUUAAAUCUUCAAACAAAGAGGCGACGCAAUGAUUCUGGCGGUCGGCGUAGAUGGAAGAAGGUUGUUGUCGCACGUCCUGGUGGAGGGUGGCGCGGUGGUUCUAAAUCGCGUAGGCGCGCUGACGACGCGCGGGGUGGCGUCUAGACGACGCGGCAAUUGCAGGUGUGGAUGGCGGUGGACUGGCGUGAGCUGUGAUGGUGGUGGCGCUACCGAUCACCGUCUAGAUCUGGCGGCGACGCUGUGUGCAGGAGCAGUGCACGAUGAGGAGGAGGCGGUGCACGGCGUUCAACCAUUCGCUGCCCCCGUGUUCUACCCCGACGACACUUCAGACCCGCCCCCAAUCCCCAACUUGGUCGUACGGAUCCCCACACAAAGGUCCCCAUUUUCAGCCCUCAAGAACACGCUGGAAUCCUCACCACAAGUUUCUUCUGGUUCACAAAACAUGAAUUGCAGAGAUGAACGACCUCCAGCACAAUUUAGUUGGCAAGUUGGGAUUCGAAGAUGUUCUAGAUCUGGCCAUCCAAGAUCUCCUGGGUCGACUUAGCUACUGGGUUUUGGAUGCGUUCGAUAUCAGGCGUUGCGAUGUUAUUUUACCUAAUGGUCAGUCUCUUCCAGUGACCGGGGACGACGUUCAACGGGU